GAUGAUAACCCGGAAGACGGGUCCGUCACAACAGAAGAGAGCGGAGCAGCUUUCUCCACGGGGAAGCUCCACGCCUCAAAAUACCGUAAAUAUGCAGCUUCACUUCACCAAAGAGGUUCUCCCGGACUCAGUUAGUGCAGACUUCCAGAAUCUGAACAAAUUCAACGAGCAGCAAUUUCACCGUCUGAUUGAAAUUCUGUUCCAGUUUCUGCUAGAACCUAAGGAGGCAGAGAGGUUUAUGCAACAACUUACUGAGUUUGCAGGGGAACAUGGGAUGAGUGCUGGCCCAUUGAAAAACCUGAUGAAAAGUGUCCUGCUGGUGCCACAGGGUGCCCUAAAGAAAAUUCUGUCAGCUGAGCAGGUCAAAGAAGACCUCACCACAUUAGGACUGAAUGAAGACAAGGCAACUUAUUUUUCACAACAGUGGGGAGAGCACUUUGCAGCCCUAUCCAGACUUGCUGUUGCACAGACUCUGAUGGUUAACCAGCUGGUUGACAUGGAGUGGAAAUUUGGAGUGACUGUCGGCACCAGUGAGAUUCAGAGAGUGGGCAACGUCUUUUUGCAGUUAAAGUUGGUUGUCAGGCAAGGAAAUUGCACUGAGAAUGUCUACAUGGAGUUGACGCUCCCUCAGUUUUACAACUUCCUACAUGAAAUGGAGAGAGCCAAGGCCAGCAUGGAGUCAUUUAGCUGAUCGUGUGUGUGCACAUGAUAUUGUUGAUGUGUGUGUGUGUGUGUAUGUUUAUAUUAGGGUUUUGUAGUGUGUGGCUAUAAUGCAUCACAUUGUGUCCUUGUAUGUAUAUAUGUGUGUGUGAGAGAGACAGAGAGAAAUAUACCAUAAUAAUAAUAAUAACCAAAACAUUCCAUUCAUUGAAUUUCUUCCAAAAAUAAAAUUCACUAAACUAAUGCCAGGACAAAGAUGUAGCAUAAAUAAUCUGAAGCCAUUUUUAUUUGGUUUAUUAAAGAAGCAUUGUCUAUAA